AGGCCAAAAAAAAAAAAAAACAAAAACAAAAAACCCCGCAAAACAAUUGGCUGUACCUUUUCCUGUAAAUGUUUUAACUUUUCCUUUUCUGUUCCAGUUAAACAGAAGGGGCAAGUAGAGCAGAGUCUCUAGGUUGUCUCUGUGACAAGUGUGUUACCCCAUCUCACGGAGACCUUCUCACGUGGAAUCCCCGAAAGGGAGGGGCUGCGGAGCAGUGGUGGGGACGGUGCUGGCGCGGCCGUCCUUUUCCUAUGCAAUUGUUAUCUUCUAGUGUGAAAAGCCUUCCUUAUGUUGUCAAGUCAGCCAUACUCACUGCUUUUCAAGUAUAUUUUUUUUGUAUCAUAAUUCUUUACCAUAGAAUCAUUGGUCUAGAAAGUAUGGAUUAAAUAAGUAUCAUCCCUAUAUUGAGAAAAAAGUAUCACCAUUAUCUUACACAUAAGAAUUCUCAGGUUUCCAAACUUUGUUUCCUUUCCAAAAAAUUAGAGCACUCUCAUACUCCCAAUUAACCUUAAAACCUUCUCGAUAAAGACAAGUCCUCUGGGUUAUAAUGAAAGUUAACGUGUGCAGCUAGGGCUCUUGACACAUUUGGUGAAAGAGAGGAGGGUUCCACAGAGUUCCAUCGUAGUUACCCGUAGCCCUGAUACUAGCAGUAAUUUAGAAGAUUUCAACAGCACUUGCUUGAUUGUGUGUGUGCGUGUGUACAUGGAACCCAGCCUUGUACCCAGUAUUUUGGGCGUCUUGAGGAGACCUUCUUCUUAAGCAGGCAAGAGCCAUUUACUCAAGUCGACUGCAUCCCGGGCCAUAAAGUAAGUCCCGGUGACUAAUCAAUGUCCCGUGUAGACCACAUGUUCCAGUUAGAGUGUGCUUCAGUUAGAAUUCAGCAACAGUCUAAAAAAUGUCUGUUUUGCGACUUAAAGGAAGAGUCUCUUACAUUCCCAUGGGGGACCUGGAACACAGGCAGUAAGUGACAGGAGGCUGAUGGAGGCCGGUGGGAGAUCCGGGACCUUUUCCCAGUUAGGUCGCCUUACCGUGUGGGGUCGCGUGUGUCUGUUAACCUGAUGCUGUUGCAGACCUCGCUCUUUGGCAAGGAACCGACUCUUUCUUGAGGGCAGGGACACGUCCUCUCUUUUCUCCUUGGUACUCAGAGAUGUCUGGCAAGGAGCAGUUGAAUAAAUACUGAAUGCUUGCAGAGUUUUACACCUGAACGCAGAGGGCACCUGGGGCCAUGUGCUCCGACGGCGGUGGCCAUGGCCUGGAUACUCGGCGGACCAGGCACCGUGGUGGCUGCUUUGCCUAUUUUCUCCCCACUGAUUUUCAGACAGCCCUGAGAGGAGGGUACUCUCCCUGUCAUGGGUGAGGAGACCGAGCCUGGGAGGUUAAGUCAUUUGCCUUAAGCCCCCGCCCCCGUAACGGACAUCUGAAACUAGACUUCGAUCACUCCGGAAAGCACACGCACCGCGGGUGUUCUUGGCGCUGGCUUUGAAUACCAGCUCACCCUUUGCAAACAGGAAUGGCCUCAGCAGUCCUGUUUCACCUUUCAGGAUGCAUGUAAUUCUUAAAGCCUGACCUUUCGGGGCGCUUGUUUCUUUUUUGAACUGGUUUGGGAUGUUUCACUUGACAGAUUUGGGCAACUUACUGAUAAGGGCUUAUGAAUGUUAAGGAUGGCGUCUGUGCCAGGCCCCCAACAGGCGUGGGCAGUCGGACCACGAGAAGCCUCUCCUGCGUGUCCUCUCAUGGUCUGUCUGAGCAGGGCCUGGCUCUCAACUGGGGGGGGGGUCCCCCUCCGUGGGUGCCCGGCCACCGCCCCACCCCGCAGAGUGCGAGCCCCGACUGCUGUGCCUCCCUCUGUGCCUGGCCUCGCGUGAGUGGCUCUCGGAGUCUGAGGGCGGGGAGGGGCCUCGCCUGCCAGGGACUCUCACAGCCUACAGCUGCGUUUCUGUCUGGCUCUUGCUUUGUCUUUCCAGGUUCUCUCGACGCGUCGCCGUCCCAGACGGGAAAGAACGAAGGGAAAGGAGCAAAGAGAAAGACCUCUGAAGAAGAGAAGAAUGGCAGCGAAGAGCUUGUGGAAAAGAAAGUUUGUAAAGCCUCUUCGGCGAUCUUCGGUUUGAAAGGCUACGUGGCCGAGCGGAAGGGCGAGCGCGAGGAGAUGCAGGACGCGCACGUCAUCCUCAACGACAUCACCGAGGAGUGCCGGCCCCCCUCCUCCCUCAUUACCCGGGUUUCAUAUUUUGCUGUUUUUGAUGGACAUGGAGGAAUUCGAGCCUCAAAAUUUGCUGCACAGAACUUGCAUCAGAACUUAAUCAGGAAAUUUCCGAAAGGGGAUGUCAUCAGUGUAGAGAAAACCGUGAAAAGAUGCCUUCUGGACACUUUCAAGCACACGGACGAAGAGUUCCUCAAGCAGGCUUCCAGCCAGAAGCCUGCCUGGAAAGAUGGGUCCACCGCCACGUGUGUUCUGGCUGUAGACAACAUCCUUUAUAUCGCCAACCUCGGAGACAGUCGGGCAAUCCUGUGUCGUUACAACGAGGAGAGUCAAAAACAUGCAGCCUUAAGCCUCAGCAAGGAGCAUAAUCCAACCCAGUAUGAGGAACGCAUGAGAAUACAGAAGGCUGGCGGGAAUGUCAGGGACGGGCGCGUCUUGGGCGUGCUGGAGGUGUCCCGCUCCAUCGGGGACGGGCAGUACAAGCGCUGCGGGGUGACGUCUGUGCCAGACAUCAGACGCUGCCAGCUGACCCCCAACGACAGGUUUAUCUUGCUGGCCUGCGACGGCCUCUUCAAGGUCUUUACCCCGGAAGAAGCCGUCCACUUCAUCUUGUCCUGCCUUGAGGACGAGAAGAUCCAGAGCCGGGAAGGGAAGCCCGCCGUGGACGCCCGCUACGAAGCCGCCUGCAACCGGCUGGCCACCAAGGCGGUGCAGCGGGGCUCUGCAGACAACGUGACGGUGAUGGUGGUGCGGAUAGGGCGCUGAGGCCGGGCCGGGGCCGCGUGCCCUGGGCUUCCCCAGGUCCUUCGGUGUCUGGCGCACAUUGUGUGUUUCAUGCGCUCUGGUGGGCUGCCCGUGGUUGUAAAUAAAGGUUUCUUUCUUUUCUA